AUGUGGCGGGACGGGGCCGGGGGCGGCUGCGGCGGGGCCCGGGGGUCGUUUGGGAGCUCCGGGGGUCGCUCGGGAAGCCCCGCGAUGGCUGCGGUGACGGCGGUAAUGGAAGCGGGGGGGGUGUCGGUCCCCCGAGAUGCCCCUGACCCCCCGGAUCCUCGGGACGCCCUGCUGCUCGAGGCUCCCCCCACAGCUGAGACCACCCCACUUCCCACAGAAGAGACCUCUGGACACGCCCAUCCCAGUCCGGCUCGGCCACGCCGGAAGCCCCCCAGGUCUGCUGUGGGGGGACCAAGCCCCCUGAAAGAGCUGCUGGGGCCAGAGGGGGCCAGGCUGCACCCCACUAUCUGCAGGGAGUGUGGCAAGGGCUUCAGCCGGAGCUCGGACCUGGCACGGCACCGCAUCACACACACCGGGGAGCGACCGUUCGUCUGCGGCGCCUGCGGGAAGGGCUUCAGCCAGAAUUCCAACCUGGCCACACACCAGCGCAUCCAUACUGGGGAGAAGCCCUUCGGAUGCCGGGACUGUGGGAAGCGCUUCAGGGAGAGCUCAGCGCUGGUGCAGCACCGGCGGACGCACACCGGGGAGCGGCCGUACCGAUGCGGGGAAUGCGGGAAAAGCUUCAGCGUCAGCUCCAACCUGCGGCGACACCGCCGCACCCACGGGCGAGAGCGGCCCCAUCUCUGCCCAGAGUGCGGGGACACUUUCUGGAACCCUGGCCAGCUCCGGAGGCACCGCAGGGAGCACGUGGUGUGA